AUGUCUUCACGCUUCCCUCCUCCAAAUCCCAGCGAUCCUCGCUUUCCGCGAGAGCGUUCACCCCCGAGAUCACUUGACAGACGGCCAUCGGCUGCCUACAAUGACGGACCUCCCGGUUCACGCACCAAUUCCAAUGACUUCUACGGCUACUCGGGUCGAGGACGGGAACCUCCGCGCGAGCCUCCGAGUGGCCCCAAGGCUCUUCGGGAUGCACCAAGAGGCGGCGGAUUCGUACCAAGAGGAAGAGGAUUCUUAGCACGGGGUGAUGGAAGAGAGCGGGAUACAAGAGAUGUGGGGCCUAGAGACGAGCCAUUCGUGAGGAGAGGCGGUAGAGGUCAAGAAUGGGGCCCCAGAGAGAGGUUCGAUGGAAGAGAUAGAAGACCUUCGCCUUCGGGUCGCGAUCGGUCUAGAUCUCCGCUCUCAAGAGAAUUCAGAGACACACGCGAUGUCCGGGAAUUCACGCCUAGAGAUGACAGGAGGGAUCUCCGAGAAGGACCACUGCCAGCGCCCUCUGAUGCCUUCCCCCUUCGUGGACGAGGCGGAUUCCGGGGACGAGGAAGGAGUGAUUGGGACUUCAAUAGACGCGGAAGAGGGUCGUAUCCUGAAGAGCGGCACGAUGCUACACCCAGAAGCCGAUCCCGCGACAGAGAUUGGGAGAGGCAAAUGCGCGAUGACAGAGAUCGUGAACGUGAUUUCGAGACCAAUAGGCAGGAGGACGACCUUCGUAGGGAGCGGGAGGAACGCGAAAGAGAUGAUCGUUUCAGAAGAGAGCAACCUUUUCGUCCAGACUCCAGAAAUUCGACAGGCGGACAACAAACGCCCAUCACAUCUCGUUCAACUUCGGUGACCUCAGCUCCCGUGGCCAAUUUCGAUCGCUUUGGUCAGAAUAACCGGGAUUCUCGGGAUUCUCAAUUGGAGCAGAGACCGAGACCUACAGGCUACAAUGUCGACGCAAGACGUGCGAGCAUGGAUAUGGACUUAGACAGAGGGGAUCUGCAUCUCCGACGUCCUGUUGGUGAUCGUUAUGAACAGCGAACGGCCUCUCCGCCACCACAAGCUCCUCCUGUCCCAGCUUUUGGAUCCAUACCACAUCGAGCACCAAUAUACAAUCAAGAGCCUCAGCCCAAACAAGACUCUCCCAAAGACCGUUCUCCAUUAGUACAUCCGUCUCGAUUGAGUCUGCUGGAACCAUCUAGGGAGCCACCAUCCGCUCCAAAAGCCCAAGUUCCUAGCAAUGCGCCCAGUGCACCUAAAGCACAGCAGACACAGGAGAGAUGGCCAUCUAAUGAGACUCUCGAUCCUAACCGGCGCCCGCCUGGCAACGAUGCGAGCGGGUUUGGACCUCAGCAUCAAUCAUUGCCUAUGUCAACAAGUGCCAAUGCCAAAGAAAUUGAAGAAGUUCCAAAUGUCUCGAAACGUUUCUCUGAUACCUCUCCAAUUCGGCCCCCUUUCCUGUCAGCGUCUGGCGCAUCAGACCCCACACAACCCUCUGUCAGAAAAGCGGUUGAGGAACAAGGCCGUAAUGGCAAUGUGGAGGCUUCAGCAGCUGGCCCCGUUACCAAUCUCAGGCCGCCCUUGGGUGGCUCCUCAAAUCAAGGCACACCCAUCAAGAUCCCGACUGGACCUCGUGCAGAGCGUGCUCCACCUUCGAUCAGACAGCCAGCCCCUCCUACCAUACGUGCAGCUCCAAAUCGGCCUCCGCCAAUGAUGCAGCGUGGAGGACGUGGGGGCGCCUGGUCCUGGGUCAACCCGAAUCCGUCUUUACCCAAACAUACUCCCCGCGGACCUUCAAUCAUGAAUACCGUGCCAAUUAAAAGAGACUAUAUUGGGGACGAGAAAGCCCGGGGUGGUCCACCGAGCACCGAGUCCGCCGAGUUUGCACUUGAUAAAUGGCGGCGUGAAAAUGUACCCACCAGUACCAUCAAGGCUCGCACUGCAUCCGAGAAGUCCCAGGACAUCGACCACAAAUCGUUUCCGGAAGCGCAGCGCAAAGAGUCUGUUGGCGGUGGAAUCAAAGUCGAAGAAUCCGAUCACGGAGAGCCGAAGCCUAGAAUGAUGGGACCCGAUGAGGAAAAAGAGGAUGAAGAGUCUGACGAAGUUGCUGCUGAGGAAGGAGAGAUGGACCUCGACGAACAAGAUUUUGCUCAAGCCGAGAAGAAGUUUGAUCAUGAGAUUCAAGCGUUGGAGGCGAAAAGGCCACCGACGCCUCGAAGUCAUCCAAAUAUCUUGGAAUUGCUUGAAGAGCUUGAUAUCUUGGCCAGCGCCCUCGAGGAGAGGGUAAAGACGGGCCCAUCAGACGGAGAACCACCUGCUCAAACUGUUCCACUGGGUCUGCCGUCGCCCAAAGUCGACGAUGCAGACGAGAUGGAUUACAAGCGCGAGAUUGACAGUCCUCCUCAUUUCAAGACUCGUCCGCAAACGCCUCCUGUUGCGAGCCUUCCAUUCCUCGUUUCCGGACCUCCUACUCCUUUCUCUGAUAUCGAGGAUCUGCAAGAAAGUCCAUUCCGACAGCAGGCGAUUGAGGCCUUGCUCGUUGAGGAAUUGAAAAGGCAGCGUGAUCUUCUGCAAUCCAAAGACGAGGUUGAAAGAAAGAGAUUCAUCUCGCACUACAAGUCUUGGCGAAUUAAUAUCGAAGACUACGAAGAGCAAAGAAGGGCAGAGGACCCUAUGGCUGUUUCACCAGUGCCUGACAGCGUGCCAUUGUCCGCACCAGCUCUGCCGGUGGUGGGCAGACGUGGAAAGAUCAUCAGUGAAUUAGACAUGGAAGAAGUGCUCAAAGUUUCACAAGAGACUGCCGCCAAAGAGGACCGAGCUAGACGAGAGCGAGAAGCACCUAUCUAUGUCCCUCCAGAGACUUUCAACCCAGACAGAGAGGCUGUAGUCCCUGAUAUGCUAAGUUCGUACGAAAAAGAGACUUCCACAUUCAAUGACAGGAACAACCUGGUCAAUCACGGGGAUGCUCUCGAUGCUCUCAACUUCAUUCCGAGAAAGGACGACUUCACUCCAGCAGAACACGAAUCUUUCUUGUGCAACUACCUCUUGUACCCCAAGAGAUUUGGCACCAUUGCGGAAGCAUUGGAAGGACGGGACUUCCGGGAUUGCGUAGAACACUACUAUCUUACGAAGCUAUUCGUCAAGUACAAGGACCAAGAGAUAGCGUUCAUGAAGACUAAGAAGGGUAAGAAACUUGCCGCCUCCGCCCGUGGUCAGCAGAUUCGGCCCAGGGCUGCCGGUUUGAUCUCUUCAUUCGAUGGUGGGAUGGACUACGAAACGCAGAACAUUCCGCUUAAUGAGAAAGGACGGCCAAAGCGUGCUGCCGCACCAACUUUUGGAGAUAACGCUGAGCCUGAGGCCGCAACGCCUGCACCAACCCCCGCACGACGCAGCGCCGCCGCCAUUAAAGAGGCGAAUGGCAAUCUCAGUACCGAAAAGCUUACUGCCAGGCGCACACGAACGGUACCUGCGAAGGAGAAGGUGGGCAGAAAGGGUAAAGCUCCAUUGCUGGCUGCAGCACCCGGUCCUUCCCCUCAGAAAAGUAUUCCUGAAGCUAUGAGAUCCGUAAGCAAGGAACCGACCGUGGACAACGAGCAGCGUGUCGAGGAAAUUGAGGGAGCCCAGCUUCUUGCUGGACUUACCAGUAGCCAGCCAUACACGGUGCCUGUCGUGCAGCAGACUCCUACGGAAAGCUGGCCUGUUGAUCAACCCGUGCCAAUGAGCGUUGAUCCAACCCAAAAGCAAGUCCAGCCUUUCAUUCAAGAACAGCCACCUGCGCCUCAACAGAAGAGUGGCGGGACUACAUCGAGCUAUUGGUCUGUGCCUGAACAAAAUGAUUUUUACAACCUCCUACGAUAUUUCGGAACAAAUUGGCCCGCCAUCGCUGCGUCCAUGAAGACUAAAACUCACAUCAUGAUCAAGAACUUCUACAAUCGAAAGAUUCAGGAAGGUGAUUUUGGCAAGCAGUUGGAGGAAGAUGGUGCACGUGCGGACAAAAUGAGAGCAGAAGGUGCAGACAUGGGACCUCUGCCAGCUCCAACGCCAAUUGGAGAGAAACGACGCUAUGUCUACAGCAUGACGAAGGAAUCCCAACGGCCGUUGGCCCCGAGUGUCGAAGGCAUGGAAGGCGAGGCUGGAUCUCCAAAGUUACAGCAAACCAAAUCACAGCCUCGAUUCAAGCAAGAGCCUCCAAAGUUCACUACUUUGGCCUCUGCCGAGCAAGGAGCGGCGGCAGUGUCUUCGCAGAUGCAAGCACAAGGUCGCGAUAGUCUGUUGAACCGUAUCACGAUCCCGCUCAAAGAAAAGGCAGUGAUAGGUCCCCACUUAGGCACAUUCCCACCGGAUGAGCGACCUCGAGCAUUGUUCUCAUCGAGGGAAACGGUCAAAGAGAAAGAACAGCGGGAGAUGCAGGCACGGCAACAGUUGCACGCUCAGGAACGAGAGGCUGAGAGGGUGAAAGAUCAACAAAGGAUGAGGGAGGUUGAAAUGCACAUGCGUCAGCAACAUAUCCCGCCGCAGCGCGAAGAGCAACAGAGUGCUCAGUAUAACACACAUGCCCCACAUCUGGUCUCGGACUCUUUGCGUACGUCGCUGUUGGGACAACAAGCUUCCAGUCUGCAGGCUGGCACAAUUGACUUCAAAAUGGAUGAGAAGGCUCGGAACUACCUCGAGGCGCAGAAGCAAGUGGCUGCUCAACAACAAGCUCAGCAACAGGCUCAGCAACAGGCUCAGCAACUACUCCAGCAGCAGCAGCAGCAGCAGCAACAGGCCCAACAAAUCCAACAGCAACAGCAACAGGCUAUGCAACAGCAGGCCACCCAACAGCAGCGUCAGGAGCAACCGCAACAGGCCAUGCAACAGCAGGCCACCCAACAGCAGCGCCAGGAGCAACCGCAGCCGCAACCGCAACAACAGCUGCAACCGCAACAGCAGCAAGCCAUGCAACAGGCCUCUCAACAGCAUCUGCAGCAGCGACAGCCGCGUAUUGAUACAGCACCUGCUAUGCGCCGUUUAGGUCCUGCUGCUUAUGGGAAUGUUCCCAGCCAAUUCACCCCUCGUCAAUCUCCAGCAAGUGCGAAUCUGGCAAUAGCACCCAUCUCUCCUCUCUCCGAGACAAUGCGGCCAAGCUCUGUACCUGUGCAUGCGUCAGCUCAACCCCUGCCUCCCCGUGAUCCACCGAAGAAGUCAAGUAUCCUAGAUCUUUUAAACAACGAGCCUGCCGAGCCACCUCGGAAAAGGCUGAGCGAUCAACGGCCAGCUGUUCCUACACCGCCACCUCCGCAACCUUCGACCUCGACUCAGCAGUAUCAGCCAGCAAGUCAGACAAUGCAAUCGCAGGUACAGAGACGAGAUACAACCGCAGAAUCCCUUCAGCUUCUCCAGCAGCAGCAGCAGCAGCAACAGCAACAGCAACAGCAACAGCAACAGCAACAGCAACGAGCUUCCUACCAGGCCAGCCAGCAGCAGCAGACGUCUCAACCGCGUGAACCUAUACGAAACUGGCCCCCUGCGCUUCAACCAAACCAAAUGCAACGUCCGUGGCUCGACUCACAACCCCAAUCAACGGUGUCGCCUCAAGCGCAAUCUAGCUUUCUACCACCGUCUUCGCGGCCACCUUUUCAAGCCUUGCAAAGAAACCAUGGACCCAGUCCACCGCCGCAUAUCUCGCACUCGCGCAACUCAUCGUUCCAGACCAUGCAGUCUCACACUCAUCACCAGCAACAGCAACAACAACCUCCACCACCAUCAAUACCUUCGACACCUGCCGAACCCAACAUUCGCCCCUCGCCUUAUGCGUCAUUGACUCCGCACCCGCAGCAACACCAACAGCAGCAACAUCAGCAGGCGCAACAGCACGCACAGCAGCAUGCACAGCAACAACAAGCGCACCAGCAACAGCAACAGCAACAGCACCAGCAACAACUUCAACUUCAACAACAACUGCAACUGGAGCAACAACACCAACAACGCCAACGCCAUCACCAGCAUCAGCAUCAGCAUCAUCAGCACCAGCACCAGCAGCACGGCGAGCAACACCAACUGGAGCAGCAACGCCGCCAGCGCGAUGCACAGAUGGCGGAAGAUUUUGAAAUGCGAAGCCAUCUGGCCCACCGGGAACAACAAGAAGCGUUGAGGAGACAGGAGGAGGCGAGGAGGGGGUUGCAAGGACAAGACAGGCAGGCUUUGGAGAGGUACCAGGAGACUCUGGUGAGGGGGGAGCAAGGGAUGCAGAGUAUGAGGCGAGAAGGGGAGGGCGAGCGGAGGACCUAUGGGUAUGAGCCUCGGAGAUGA